UUCCUUCUGGCCCUUGUCAAGGCUUGUCUAACCAGUUGGGUACACCCAACCAGACUUGUACUGACCUAGUACUGACAGUACUGUACUUCAUUUUUUCCCAUUGUUCUCGUCCAUCCUCCUGGCGUCUUCCCUUUCGCGUCUCAAGUCAGCACAAUUCGAAACAGUAGCCAAGCAAGUUCAAUUGUCGACGCCCUUUCGAUACUUGCUACUCUCUCAUCCAGUCUUCUUUAAUCUGUCGAUUGGUUUACUUGACUAGCAGGUUUUGAUUAUUAUAGGGACAUAUUGGGAUUCAACGUCGCGAGACAAUUCACCAUGUCUACCAACGCGACGAGUACGGAUUCCGUACUGGAGACCACUUCAAAUCCGGCCACUGAGCCUACGUCGGUGUCUACACCUACAAGUGUUUCGUCUGACACCUCUACUACCCUACCCGCAACCACUCCUACCACCACUUCCGAUCCCCCAACGACUACAUCCACCACAUCGGAAGCUUCCACUACCACUAGUGUACCUACUACUCCCACCACCACUAGCACCACCAGUGAAGCACAACCCUCGACACCUACCUCGACUUCUACAAGCACCACUGCCCCAGCUACAACACCUACUUCAACCACCAUAACAACACCAUUACCAACCUCUAGUGUUGUGAUCACCACAACACAGGUUAGCACGGGAGUUGAUGGAAGCACUCAGUUUGUUACGGUCACCUCGACCCAGAUGGCAACCAACACAGCCCAGUCAACCACUGCAGCUACCUCUACGGAUUCGAAUGGUGCUAUCAUAACGUCAAAGCCUACCCAGACAGGUACCAUAUCGGAACCCGCUAAAAUCGCUGUAGCUGUUGUCGUUCCCAUAGCCGCCGUGACACUUCUGGUUAUUGGCGGUCUUUUCUGGUGGAGGAAACGCAAGGCACGCAAGGAUGCCGAGGAGGAGAGGAGGAAAGAGGUUGAAGAUUAUAGCUAUAAUCCGAACAACGACCCUACUCUGCCAGACAUGGGAGCUGCUGGCGGCGCUGCAGGAACGUACGAGAUGAAGGAAGACGGAUCUACGGGUUAUCGUGGAUGGGGUUCAACUACUCUCGGUGGUUCAACAGGAAGGAAAGCUUCGACUACAAUGUCUGGCGGUGCAGCAGGUGUGGCUUACUCGGAUGCAACCUCACCUACUAGAGGAAACUUUUCUGACACUAGAUCAGGAGAUGGGUUAAUCAAUGAGGGUUCCCAACCACCCGAGGGCGAGAUUCUGGGAGCCAUGGGUCCAGCCGCCACCGACAACCGCGGCAAUGAAACCGUUCACCGCGGGCCGUCGAAUGCCUCAUCGUCAUAUAGUGCUGCAGGCCGAUCUGAUGGCUCUGGUGACGCUGGAUCCUACGGCGCACCCGCUUACCUCGACCAAUAUGGUGGUAAUAAUCCGUAUGCUGACGGCGCAUAUGACCAACAACGCCCAGGUGAGGCUGGGGGGCAGCCUGUCAUCCGAGAUAACCCAGCCCGCCGCAAUACUCGUAUCGAGAACCCAUCGCACUAUCCUCAGCAAACCGCCGGUAUCUCGCAGAACUUUUAGUCUCACCGACCCUGGGUUCAUUUCCCUGUUUCCGUUCAGAUGAUACCCGAACUUGGACGCGACGUAACUUCGGCCACGCAACGUUUUUCAUGUAUUUUUUUUCUUGGUGCUACGCGUCCUCUUGGAUUUCAAAAAUGGCGCCCGGCGGUUCUUGCAUUAUAGUUUUACUAUCGUUCAUAAGCGUAAUCUUUCAACAAACAAAUUUAGUCGAAACAU